UUUUUGUUUGAUCGAAUGAACUUGAAUCCACUCGAAAUUCGAAUGAAACAUUUUGGGAUGAAAAUUGGGGCGUUGUAGGGAAAUUGUGAUAUCUGUGGAAUAGGAGUGUGUCUGGUCGGAGUUUUGUAACCACGUCUUCUAAUUUAUUGUUUUGCUCAGGAGAGGAAUGAGCCCUACCCACAUCGAAGACGUAAUUCCCCUCGAUGACACGGGAGGCCAUUUUGAGUUGAAGUUUGCGGAGAAGGGAAUCGGGUUCUUGUGCCGGAUUAUCUCUGUGUUUUUUUUUUAAUUCUGGAGGAGCGGCUCGAUUGAUCUGACGGGAGGACCAUAGUUAAAAGUCGAGUGUGAUAGCUUGGGGGUUUGAUUUUCAAAGCUGGGUUCGGAGAGGCUAUCCACUGAUAUUUAUAUGCGCACGCGACACAAAGGAAAAGUGCUUUCCAUUCAUUUCGAAAACGUGCUUCGCGUUGUCGGCCUUACAUGGCCGCGCGUUUUAAUUAACCGGAUUUUAUUUUAAUUAAGAAAAACCUGGGACUAAUGCAGUGGUAAACACUUUGAGGUAUUCGUUUUGCUUUUUCUUUUGUUGCGCCUUUUCCCCUUCCACUAAAAAGAAAUAAAGGUAAUUAGAAGCGAUCCGAACCGGUUGCGUUUGAAAAUGGCCGAGCUGUACAUUCGUGUUGCUGAGGACGAGAACGAGGAGCCCAUGGAGAUCCCUUCCGAGGACGACGGCACUGUGCUGCUGUCCACCGUGGCGGCGCAGUUCCCCGGGGCGUGCGGCCUGCGCUACCGCAGUCCGGUUUCCCAGUGCAUGCGCGGCGUGCGCCUGGUGGAGGGCAUCCUUCACGCCCCCGAGAAUGGCUGGGGCAAUCUGGUCUACGUGGUCAACUACCCCAAAGAUAACAAGAGGAAGAUGGACGAGAUCGACGCAUCCUCAGCGGUGAAGAUCAAGAGGGGCGAUCAGAAGACGUCGGACCUUAUCGUCCUUGGCUUACCGUGGAAGACGUCCGAGCAGGACCUGAAAGAGUAUUUCAGCACCUUUGGGGAAGUCAUUAUGGUGCAAGUGAAAAGGGACGUGAAAACCGGGAAUUCCAAAGGGUUUGGGUUUGUGCGCUUCGCGGACUACGAGACGCAGGUGAAGGUGAUGUCGCAGCGGCACAUGAUCGACGGGAGGUGGUGUGACUGCAAGCUUCCGAAUUCCAAGCAAGGCCCUGAUGAGCCCAUGAGGAGCAGAAAGGUGUUCGUUGGCCGCUGCACAGAGGACAUGACUGCUGAAGAGCUGCGCCAGUUCUUCAUGCAGUACGGCGAGGUCACUGACGUCUUCAUACCCAAGCCGUUCCGGGCCUUUGCUUUCGUCACCUUUGCUGAUGACCAGGUUGCCCAAUCCCUGUGCGGGGAGGACCUGAUCAUCAAAGGGGUCAGCGUGCACAUCUCCAACGCGGAACCUAAGCAUAACAAUAGUAGGCAAAUGAUGGACCGGGGUCGAUUUGGGAAUGGAGGUUUUGGAGGUCAGGGAUUCGGGAACAGCCGCAGUGGGCUUGGGAACAGCACUAACAACAUGGGGAGUGGGGUCAAUUUCGGGGCCUUUAGCCUAAACCCUGCCAUGAUGGCCGCGGCACAGGCCGCACUGCAGAGCAGCUGGGGGAUGAUGGGCAUGCUGGCCAGCCAGCAGGGCCAGUCCGCCGCGUCGGGCUCCACCCCCGCCGGCCAGACUAGUACCACCCGCGAACAGAACCAGUCCUUCAGUUCUGGCAGCAACAGCUAUACCACCGGUUCUGGGAGCUUAGGCUGGGGCACAGGCUCCAAUUCUGGCAAUAACAGCAGCGGGUUCAGCUCUGGCUUCGGCUCCAGUAUGGAGUCGAAGUCCUCGGGCUGGGGAAUGUAGCUGGCCGUCCAGGUUUAGCUCUAGGCUGUAUGGUAAGUAUAUGUUUUUCUUUUUGUUAUUUGAGGAGUCCCAGAUCCCCUGAGGUUAAUUUCUGAAUAUCAAUAUUUCAAUGAUUCCUGCCUGUCCCCCCCCCCCCACCCUCCCCUUAAUGGAAAGUGAAUGUUUGUCCUCAUUGGCGUUAAUCUGAACACGAUGUUAUGUCAGAGUGGUUGAAAUCAUCUGUUUACUAAUAGUUUGAACUGCAACGCUACUUCCCACAGUGGUUUUCCUUUUAUUUUAAAAUUUUCUUAUUAACUUUUGUUAAGAGGCUUCUUUGGCAGAGUAGACCAUGACUGGCUUAAAUAUAUAUAAAAUAUAUAAAAAUGCAUGAGUUAAUUUCCAGUUCAACGAGUGAUGGUUUGUCUGGAGUUUAGUUUUGUUUGCAUUUUUUUUUCUUUUUUUUUCCUUUUUUUUUUUUUUUUUAAGUUUUAUGGAAAACGCCUUCAUUGAAAUCUCUCCUGCAGUUCACCACCUCUUUUCCAAUUUCCCGGGAAGAAGUCCCUCGUUGGCAGCAAUGCUGGAGAGAUCUCACUUUCAGUUCCCCAGUUCGCACGUGUAAAUGCUUUGUCAUCACAGGCUGCUGCUGCCUCACUCUACAUGUUCUGUUUUAGACGGUGGGUGUUGCCUUUUUUUAUCCACUUUUUUUCAUGGAAAAAAAAACAAACAAACCCAAGUCUUUUUUUUUCCCCUGAACUGUUGGCGAAGAAUGAGUGGGAUUGGAGGAUGGGUUGGUGGUGGCCAGGGAGUGAGAGUGAGCGAACGAACGGAGAGCGGGGGCGAGAGGAGAGAAAGAAAGAAAAUGCAAAGCACGUGUGGAAAGGACUGUUUGUGCGAUGAGACAGAGAGAAGCGGCGCCUAAUGACUGCGAGAGCUUGGACGAACUUGUAGCUUUUGGUGCGCGAGUGUGAUCGGGGGUCACCGGAUGGCGUGUGAGACCAUCGUGAAGACAUUUGAUACGCUGUUACCCUGGAGAUGCCUGCCAUGUAGUCUUUCUCUGAUCUCUACUCCUUAGUUUAAAGAUUGAGCAUAAAAAACAUAGAAAUCAAUGUAGUGGAAUGUUUAGCAAUACGAAUAUGUGUACCUUUCCUUGCUAUAUUACGAUGUGAAUGCUGUGGUGUGUGUGAUUUUUCUUUCCUGUCAUUGGCCCAUCUGUGUGACCAUGUGACUCGAUGCCGGUGAUUGUUUGUCCUGGCUUGGAGGUGCGUGUGUGUGCGUGUGGAGGGUGGGGGUGCUCCAUGUGAGCUCGGUGUGUUUCACUGGGCAUUUGUUGGUGUGUUUAGAAAGACUGGUUUUGUUAAGUGUGUUUGCAUUUUUCUAUGAGCUGUCAAUCGAAAGGCCGUUCUCAAAUAAAGUUAAUUUGAAUAGGC